GCGGUUUUGAGUAGCGGUGAGGGGAAAAAGGAGAGCCUCGCGACCUGGUGACGCAGUACAGUGGUGGGGAAGAUGCCUCGGCAGGCUGCGCCGGCGUCGGCGCCGCAGAACGGCGAGGUGGCGGAGGUGGUGGAGGCGGAGGACCAGGAGGAGAGGUGGGCGAGGCUGUUGCCGGAGCUGCUCUCGGAGGUGGUGCGGCGCGUGGAGGCGUCCGGCGGCGAGCGGUGGCCGGCGCGGAAGGACGUGGUCUCCUGCGCCUGCGUGUGCCGCCGGUGGCGCGACGCCGCCGUCGCCGUCGUGCAGCCGCCGUCGGAGUCCGGCAAGAUCACCUUCCCCUCUUCGCUCAAACAGCCAGGGCCAAGGGAGCUCCCAAUGCAGUGCUUUAUCAAGCGGAACAAGAAGAACUCUACAUUCUACCUCUACCUUGGCUUCACAAAUUCACCUAUGGAUAAACCUAUGGAUAAAGGGAAGUUUCUCAUGGCUGCUAGAAGGUUUAGGCGUGGUCCCCAUACUGAGUACAUUAUAUCCCUUGAUGCUGAGGACCUAUCACAAGGGAGCAAUGUAUACAUGGGGAAACUGAGAUCUGAUUUCUGGGGGACAAACUUCAAAAUAUAUGAUAGCAAGCCACCAUAUGAUGGCGCUAAAGCAUCAAGUAGUCAAUCUAGUCGGCGUUUUGGAAGCAGAAGAAUCAGCCCCCAAGUAUUGGCAGGCAACUAUGAAGUUGGACAGGUUUCAUACAAAUACAACUUGCUCAAAUCCAGAGGUCCUAGGAGAAUGUACUGCACCCUGGAGUGCCCUUCGGCUCAGGAGACCUGGGAAAACUCUCUCAAGACAAAGUUCAGGAGGCCCAGGGGGCCCACAACUUUAAGAAAUAAAGCUCCCCGCUGGCAUGAGCAUUUGCAGUGCUGGUGCUUAAACUUCCAUGGACGGGUAACAGUUGCAUCUGUCAAGAAUUUCCAACUCGUGGCUGCUGCUGACCCCAGUGACCCUACUUGCACUGUGGACGAGGAAACGGUUCUGCUGCAGUUUGGUAAGGUCGAUGACGAUAUGUUCACGAUGGAUUAUCGACAGCCACUCUCGGCAUUUCAAGCCUUUGCCAUCAGUCUCAGCAGCUUUGGUACCAAGCUAGCUUGUGAAUAGCUAAACUGUUUGAUGCACUUCAUGUUGCUAUAUGGUUGUGGUAGCGGAUGCAUCUGUUGUUCUUGUUGUUGUGGCACUGUAAUUUGCUCUUUCUAGUUUGAAUAUCAAUGUAUUGUUUGUAUCAUGUUCCUGUACAAGAGACGUAUUGUUUAGUCUCGUCGAAGAUACCUUGUUCCGAGAAGGAAAUUGUGUUGUGAACUUUUGCACUGAAGCAAAAGCCGCUCCAAUGUACAUAAGGUCAUGGUGAAGUGAUACUACUUUUUUCCUUGCAUCA